AUGUCGACCUCCGCGGCUGGCGACAGCCCCUACCAAUGCAUCACCCACGGCCCCAAGCACGACCUGUUCAUCUCAUAUAGAGUCGCCACCGAAGCCGCUACUGUCCAGGCUUUGAAGGAACUGUUCAACUCGGCCGCCCUCCGUCGAUACAAAAAGCCCCUCACCAUUUUCCACGAUGUCGACUGUCUCAGCGAUGCCGAUGACUGGCGCGACGGUUUCAUGAGUGCCCUUCCCAAGAGUGGGUCUGCUAUCCUCCUCAUCAGCCAGGGAUCUAUGAACAUGAUGAAGGAUAGGGCCAAGAGUGGUCAAGACAAUGUCGUCCUCGAAAUCGAGAAGGCUCUCGAGCUCAAGGAUGAAAACUCUAAUCUGCCUGUCCUUCCCCUCGCAGUCGCCACCAAGGGGACAAAAGACGGUGUCGAUGUCUAUACUCCCUUCCAGCCUGAUCCGAUGUUCUUCAACGAUCCUGCCUUUGGCUCUCUCAAAAAGAUCAUGUCUCGUUUGAGGGAUAUCAACGUGCGCUCCCUCGAUCCCACGAAGCUAUACAUGCGAGUCUAUUACCUCCUCACCCUAAUCCGCCCUCUGCGGAUCGAAAGUUGGACCAAGAGGGAACUCGACGAAAGGCACUUUUGCGACCCCAAGUUCUGGGUCGAUCCUGCCCACCUCCAAACACUGUUGGAGAAGGUGACCCUGACCGGCCGUGCCAUCAUCUCGGGCACAGGUGGCAUGGGCAAGUAG